AUGAGAGCCCAUCUAGAAAACAAUGUAAUGGAAGACGAUGAUACAGGCUGGGCGAAGGCAGACGAGGUCGAUGAGGUGGCCAGCAUCAAGAGCGCAAGUACUAGAGACACUGGGAAGCGGAAUGCCGAUGUGAAUGCGGCGGUGGCCUCUCUUAAGCUGAGCGAGAACAGUUCCAAUGAGACGCGAAGGCCGUCAGAGGGUUCCGAGAUUUCACGCAUGGAGAGGGAUACCAUCAGCGGCCCGACACACUUCCAGUUUCACUCAUUUGAGGACUACGAGCGGGAAGCGGCGACGAUGGUCCCGCAGUCCACGCUUCCUCUUAACAAGUUUCGUUAUCACAUCUUCAUGGAUAUUGACGCCGACGAUAUUGCCGAUGAGAUCACGCGGAUUGACUGGGUUAUGUUUAGCAGCAUUCGCAUCCGUGACCUCGUGCGCCACGUCAGCCUGCCGCUGGGGGAGAAGGAGAAAUGCAAGAGUCUGAAGAACGUGAACCGCAUGAUCAGCCACUUCAACCACGUCGCCAAGUGGGUUGCCAACAUGGUGCUGAUUCGCGACAAGGCGAAGCACCGAGCCCCCUGUCUCGAGAAGUUCAUGCUCGUCGCGCUCAGGCUGCGGCAGCUGAACAACUACAACGGCCUGGCGGCCGUCCUCGCGGGUAUCAACGGGACGGCAGUCCAUCGUCUGGGCCAGACGCGGUCUAUGGUGAACGCGGACGUGCAGAAGAGAUUCGCCAGGCUGGGGCUGCUGAUGGGUACGCAGAAGAGCCACUUUGCGUACCGUCUGGCAUGGGAGAACAGCCCUUUGCCGAGGAUACCGUUCAUGCCGCUCCACCGGAGGGAUCUGGUCUCGGCCGAAGAAGGCAGCUUGACCUUUGUGGGCCCCAAGGGUGACAGGAUCAACUGGAAGAAGUUCGAGAUCUUGGGCGAGGUAUUGCUCCCCAUCAUGAAGAGCCAGGGCACGCCAUACCCCAAUCUCCAGAGGAACGAGGUGAGCCGGGAGCUGAUCCUGGACUGCCGGAUGGAGACGGAUGACGAGAAUAUAUAUCAGCGAAGUGUCCAAGUCGAGAGUUCUUCCGCCGGCCAAUUUGACACAAGCAAGAAGAAGUUCGGCUGGCUGGCGAAAUAA